GUAGCAGAUGCGUUCAGCUACACGUUUUCCCAGCUGCCAGAAUACAACGUGAUCUUCCAGCUGUCGAACGUGAACGAGAUGCAAACAACGUUCACCUCGAACGUAAUCUCGGUCGACUGGAUGCCCCUAACGCAGAUGCUUGGUCAUCCGUCGGUCACGCUGUUUGUGUCACACGGCGGUAUACGCAGUCUACUGGAGGCGGUUGGCCACGCUGUACCGAUCCUUGGCAUCCCGAUGCACGGCGACCAGACGUACAACCUCGGCCGGUUCAGGGAAAAGGGCCUCGCCGAGGUGCUGCCCGUCGCCAAGCUGUCCGAAGACCAGCUGGUAACGACGUUGUCGCGAAUGCUGUCAGUUGCCAACUCCCGACUGGCGGCAGACAAGCGAAAUUAUUCCGCACCACUGCCAUACCUACUUAAUUACAGGACUGCGGCGAGGAAGUACAAGUCCAUGAUAAAGGGCUACCAUUCGUUCUUGGCUGGCUCACUGGCUCUCAAGAACAAGACAGAAACCGCGUUCUGGGUUGACUGGACUGUAAAGCAUUUCUUGUCACAGCGAAAAGUCAGCAGGUCAUUCAUUCAUGGGUGGCAAAUAUGCCGCGCAUCUGCCGCACUUCCAACGGAAGGAGCAGUCGAGGUCACCGAAGAUAGGGCACCAAUUUUGCUGGGGUUUUGGCGACAGGAGCAGGCAGCCGUGUUCAUUGCGAAGUCGUUGACCACUGACAGGAGGUUGCGCACGGAGACGGUUGAAAUCGUCCGUCGCAAACAGAAACGCAGGGCCACACAGCGAGAUGAACGUAUGGAAGACACCUACGUCAUCGACUAG